AUGCUGCAACCUCGAUUAGUCGGGGCGAAUGCAGCCCUGGAAACUUCCUUGACAGCUUUGGCCUCAUCCUUGAAUGCACUGAGCUUUUGCUCCAGACACACUCCCCUGCAGCCACGGCUCGCCGCAACCAGCUUCAUCCGACAUGCUUCCCACGCAGCUCAAGGCCGAGCAAACGGGCCUGGAGACUCAGCAGGUCGCCGCCUCGGUGCCAAAAAGACAGCCUCCGAGUAUGUGGUUCCAGGGAACAUCAUUUUCAAGCAAAGAGGCACCUUAUGGCAUCCCGGCGACAACGUGAGCAUAGGCAAAGAUCACACCAUCUACGCCACCGAACACGGCUACGUGUGCUACUACCGAGACCCGCGUCGACACCCCAAGCGACGGUACAUAGGGGUGGCAUUGGAAAGGGAAGGGCCUGGCUCCCAAUUGCCCGCACCCAUCAACGCACCAACAAGGCGACGGCUGAACAUGUACGCCUCACCGAUCCCCAAACCCGUCGAGAGCGACUCCUCAUUCCUGGAAUCCCACAUGAGCACCAAUAGCAAGAGCACCGCAAUUACGCCUGUGCCUGCGCCGUUCAUGCGGCAGGGCACCAACCGCGAAGCCAACGCUUCCAUCGGGCAAGCCGCAGAGAGAAAAGGCAUCAAGGUGGUGCCGUUCGACCGCAAAGACCGCUGGUCCGCCUGGAGAAAACGAAACACCAGGAUCGAACUCGCAGAGAUCUCGAAGGUGGCCAAAAACACCAAGAAGUCAAAGGGCAAGAAAUCAAACAAGGGUGUCAAGAUGGGUGGCAAGAAGCGCUGA